CCCCUUUUAAAAAUAAACAAAAAUUCUAGCUUGGAAUUUUCAUUCGUAUAAAAUUAAAUUAAAUACUGCAGUUUUUGCAUAAGCAUCAAUCAGAAUGUACUUGUAUCGUGCAAAACAAGGCUUUUGUGCAAUUUUUGGAUUAUUGUCAUUGGUCGUAACGCUUUAUUCCAUUGGUAAAUUCGUCAUAUUUAUUUCGAGUGUAGCUGCUAUUAGCGAUGGCGUCAUUGCGAAUGAAUCACAUGAAUUAAAGUUUGUCGUUCGUGCCGUGCUUAACAAUUCAAUAUGGCUCUCAUUGUUCAUCUUAUAUCACAGUUUCGGCAAACAUGAAAAUGUCAAAAAGUUUUGGGAGAAGAUUGGUUUUAAGACGCUCGAGCGAUCCGCUUAUAAUGUUAUAUCUUCUUACAUCUUACUGCAGAUGGUGGAACGUUGGGUUGUGGUUAAUAAAUGGACAUUAUGGAGUUUUGAGAUAAAAGAAUAUUCGCCCGUUUGGUACAUGUAUAUUUUAUCACAUUCUGCCUUUUGGCUAAUUAUAUUUUGCGGAUCAUUACUCAUGGAUGUACCAGAAAUACUCGGAAUUAAGCAAAUUUACUACGACAUUAAAGGCUUAAAUAGACCAUCGCUCUACAAAGCAAUACAGCAUAAUCAUCUUCUGACUAAUGUACGUCAUCCAUCUUAUAUUGGAUUCUCUUUAUUAUUUUGGAUAACGAACUUGAUGAGCUUGGACCGUCUUAUCAUGGCAGUAUUACUAACAAUUUAUAUGUUUGUUGCAUGGAGUCCAGAUCGUAAGGAUUAUCAGUAUCAACAACAACAGUUGGAACUUAAGAAAUUAGAGUUGAGAUAUGAUUUCAAGCAAAAGUAAAGCAAAAUUGCUGCCAUAUCCGAAACAUAAUAAAAGUGCUAAGAUCUUUUAUAAUUAACGCGAUUCUUCUUCAUAUAAUUGAUUUAUAAUGACUUUCAUUUCUUUUUAUCAUUUAUUACAUUGACUCUUAUAAAACUAUGUAGUGCAUCGAAUCAGUGGUUCUCAAACUUUAUGCAACCUCUUUAGUACAAAUUUGGUGUGUCACCAAACAAUUCGCGUCACAUUUGAAUGUUUUAUAGACACAGCAAUACAGCAGUGUAUCGUGAAUCAUAGUUUGAGAACUCCUGCCAUCGAUUGUAGAGAACAGAAAAGGAAAUAACAAAUAUAGCAUUUAAUUAAUCUUUUGCAAUAAAUCAAAUGAAUUGUGUACUUAAAUAGAUGC